UUCUGGAAAAUUAAAAGAAGCAGAGAUUGGUCCCAUGAAAUAUUGCAACUGUUUGUGAUUGGUGUUUCACGUCCUUUACCACCAAUUAGAUUUGUCAUUCAAACAUUAUGAGUAAAAUUUAAAUCUCGCGUAACGUUUUGCGCGGCAUUGCAAAAGUGAGUUGAAUUAUGUUUAGGUUACUGUAAAAAAAAGAAUUGUCUUCAAAAAAACCUUUAUGAAAACUGUUACGCGAAAGAAAUUUACAGUUAAAUCUGUUAUGAUCUAAUAUUUAUAUGUUUGAUUUCUGAACUUUUCAUAUAUAUGUUUUACGACGCUUUUAAUAACGAUUGUGUGAGGAAAAUGUGUUUAGAGACAUGAUUUUUUUUUUUAUCGAAAUUUUUCGUAUAACGAUUAUUGCAAUUGGAUUCAUAAAAAUUAUUAGCUAUGUCGAAAAAUAUUAAAGCAAUUUCAAGACCAAAGGUUAGAUUCUCCCAAUUUUCUGACAAUGUACAAAACAAGGAGAAAGACGUUGAAUAUUGUAAAAAAAAAACAGUUUUGCAAACAAAUGGUCCAAAAAUUAAAAAUAUCGUAACUCUCAAAAAGCCUGUUAAAAUUGUAGAUCCUAAGGAAUUGACAACUGUUUGUAACAAAAAUGUAUUGCAGCAUGAUUAUAAAACAAAGAUUUCGACACACAAUGAUAUUACAUCUGAAAACUUUCAAAGUACAUGUCUAUCUAACAAAAAUGUUUCAAAAAUCGAGGUCUCAAGCGUUUUACAUAAUGCAAAUGGCAUUCAGAAUAUAAAAGAAAAUUGUAAUACAUUAACACUUGAUAAAAGUUUGCAAGAUAAUAUUUUAAAAGAUUGCAAAGAAAGAAUGCAACAAAAGGGAAAAGAAAACAGAGAUGCAAUACUGAAAAAAGGAUUUAAUAAAGAUCUAAGUAAAUCAAGAAAAGGAAGCUCUCAAUAUACAGAAUCAGUUACAAAAACUAGAAAUUAUAAACCACUUGCAAGUAAGAAUAUGCAAAAAAUAAAUACUAAGGAUUCUAAAAAUCUAAAAAUGACAAAAUCAGCACCAAGCAUUAUAAAAAAAAUAAGGAAUCAAACAAUGGAAGGGACAAUUAAUGCAAAAUCCCUUACAUCAAAUGUUAUGCCAUGUUACAAGAUUGUUGCAAAAAAUAAAGUAUCUCCAGUUAAGAAGACUAUAUUACGUAAUACAUCAGGUUCUAAAAUUGAAACUUCCGUGAGACCAGGAAUUUUUCACAAAAAGAAAAGUGAUGCAAAAGCAAGCGAUGCAAAUAAAAAACAUAAUGUUACAUUAGAUGUUGCUGCAGAAGAAUUGGCACAACCAGGAUAUAAUUCCAUUGCAUGUACCAUUAAUAAACUAAAAGAACUUAAACAACAAAAGAUUGUCACAGAUAUCGAUCAUUUGUCAUUUGCACAAAAGAGUUUUAUAAAUGGAAAAAUUUCUACAGCACUGGAUUUUCCAUUGGAUGAGGUAAUUUAUAAAAAUUUAGUAGAUUUAAACAUAGAUGAAAAACAGUUGCCAUCUACUAUUACAAGAAGUAAGGAUCCAGAGCCACGACAAAAAGAUAUUAUACCAAAACUUUCCAACUUUUUUGUACCUGAAAAUAUAAAGGAAAUUUGUGAGGCUGUGCAUGUUAAACCUCGAACUCCAAAAAUUGAUGAAAAUUGGAACGCUUUUAAAAUAAGUGAUAAGAUACUUGAAUGGAAACAUAGUAUGGAUGAUAUAUAAAAUGGUACAGAUAAAUACGACGAAGAUUGUAAGAGAGACAUGUACCAGCCAGUACCAUUCCAAUUACAAUUCCAGCUAUGAUCAUCCUGUUGAAAUUUCAAUAAGUUAACUUUAAUCAUAUUUAUAUCAUGUAUACGAUAUA